AUGAAGGGUGAGGUGCUGGGUUACGUGACUGGGGUGAAGAACCGCAGCUGCGGGUCCUGCUGGUCGUUCUCUGACGGCGCCCUCGAGGCCCUUGCGAAGGCAAAGACUGGUAGCCUGCCCUCCCUGUCUGAGCAGCAGCUGGUGGACUGCUCAAGGAGCUAUGGCAACCAGGGGUGUAACGGGGGGCUGAUGGAAGCCGCAUUCAAGUAUGCCAAGGACCACGGACUGACCACAGAGUCGGCCUACCCCUACACUGCCAAAGACGGGUCCUGCAAGUCCUUCACCGCGAAGUUCAAGAACACGGGUUACACGAGCGUGCGGGGCUGCUCGGACCUGAUCAGCGCACUGAGCGGGAGGCCGGUGUCGAUCGCGGUGGACGCCAACAACUGGUCGCGGUACAGCUCGGGCGUGUUCAAUAACUGCGGGACGAGGCUGGACCACGUGCUGCUGGUGGGCGCGAGCGAUCAGUACUGGAAGGUGAAGAACUCGUGGGGCAGCGGCUGGGGCGAGCGCGGCUACAUCCGGCUGAGCAAGGGCAACACCUGCGGCCUGUGCAACCAGCCCUCCUACCCUAAAUGA